UAUAGCAAUGCAUAAGUGAACAUAGCUUUCACUCCAGAAUGGCCGGGAAGGAAACCAUGGGACGUUCUAGGAGAAAGUAUGUCAGGCAACCACCGGCUGUCCCUUUUCUUUGGGAAGAAAAGCCGGGUAUAGCUAAAAGAGACUGGAGACAAGGGAUUUCUUCGGUUAGUCCAAUUCAAAUGCCUCCAGUCAAGCUCAUUGCAUCCAUUCCCUUUAAUUGGGAGGAAAAGCCUGGAACGCCACUAAACUCUUUAUCACACCCGCCACUGGAAUCUGAGCAACAAAUCUUACCAGAAAACCUGAUGACUUUCCCAUCACCACCAGAAUCUGAGCCAUCAAACCUACCAGAAAACCUCAUAACUUUCCCAUCACCACAGGUCCUACCAGAAAACAUCAUGACUUUCCCAUCACCUCCAGAAUCUGGCCCACUACCAAUCCUACCAGAAAACCUCACAACUUUCCCAUCACCCACAGCAUAUCCCCAGGGCUAUGAUGUUGUUGACAAUGGCAAAGAAGAGGAUAGUGAUAACGGUCAGGAUGACCAAAAAGCAUUGUUUGAAUUGGAUCUGGAGGCAUUUGAUUUUGAAACAGAUGGUUCAUUCAGCUCAGCUCCCUCUCUCCUAGCAAACUGCCUUGUACCUUCAGUAGCAAUUUCUUCUGCUGUUCCUGUGGAAAAAUCUUCCUUGAGUGAUGAUACAAGUGAUGAACCAAACAUUCCUUCCACACCAGAUUCUGAAACAGACAGUAGCACAAGCAGUUACACGAAUGGCUUUUCGAGCCUUGUUGGGGCUUCUUUCUUGGAAUGCCUCUUUCCAUUACUUCCCCCCAAAGCUGGUUUCCUUGAAAGGGUAGGAUGCUCUGAAAUGGGCCCUCUUACCCAACCAGUAAUGAAAAGCAAGGAGUUUGAUGAUGAAAGUAACAGCAGUGUCGUGAUAAGGAGGCCAACAACACUUGGAGAGCUGAUAAUGAUCAGUCGAAGGAGGAGCUACCAGAUGAAAGCUGCUCAAAUCAGAAAACAGAAUCUAUCAAUGGAAUUCGCAAGGAGAGCUUCUGGAUGCUGCAUCUUUGGAACCAGUAUCAAAAUGAUUGAAGGACUGCAGAGGAAGAAGUGCCAGCUAAUGCUCUGA